AUGAGCAUCGAAAUCGCGCCAAUUCGCGAGGACGAGGCCGGGGCGCUGGGUCGAACGACAACGCCCGAACCGACAGGUCCCGCAAGGUACAGCUGGCAAAAGCGCUCGCCAGGUGCUGCCUCCUUGAGUCCUAUCGGGUCUCCAGCCCCCAACAAAGAGGCCGAGCAGCUGUUGUCGGACCAGGAUCGACCGCAUGCCAAUAGCUUCACUUUCGGCGAUCCCUUUCGUGCGCAGGAGCGGCCGAACUCCGCCCCUGCCGAGCGUGGUCUCGGGAUGCUGUCACCGCCGCUCUUAGGGGGCGAUCAUGACUCCGCUUUGGAAGAGGCACUGGAUUCAUUGGUUCUUCUGGAAAUUGCGCUAUCUCCGGAGCAGCGGUUAUCUCCGGAGCAUCCAACAUUCCAUCCGCAACCUCAAAGGCACUGGGUGACUUCACUUCUCGAGUCGGAAGCGUCUCCGAAUUUGCAAAGAAGCACUGGCAACGGCAGCGUAGCUGGUCAUGGCGAUAGCAGAGUUCGCCGCAGCCUUUGCAGGCUUUAUCAGGACCUGACAACCAGACUCCUGGAACCUACGGAACGUAUGACUUUGGCGCUUUCUGUGUCUUUGCUUAGUGGGCACAGUGCAUCGGUGAAUCUGGAGAAGCACUGCUCUGUGGAAGACCUGAGAAAGGUUGCGGAGGCAAAGCUGGAGACUCACUUGGGUGUGCUCGUAGCGCAAGGAGAGUCUCGAGCAUUACAUGACUCGAGUACGCUGCACGGCGAAGGUCUUCGAAGUGGAGACCUUGUGUGCGCUUUGGCAAGAAAGCCCUCCAUCAACAUCUUCUCCGGUCGGCAAGCCCAUUCCUUCGCGGCGGUUCGUGAGAACGGAACUGUGUUAACUUGGGGAGAGGAGGAAAGUGGUGGUGAUAGCAGUUGCGUACAGAGCCAGCUGGUAGAUGUGAAAGAGGUGCAUGUGUCCGUCAGGGCCUGCGCGGCCAUUCGAAAAGACGGAGGUGUGGUCACCUGGGGUUGUGAGGAUCUUGGAGGUGACAGCAGCGACGUCGAGGACGAACUCUUCGAUGUCCAGCUUAUUAGCAGCACCGCCGGUGCAUUUGCUGCUUGCAGAGGUGAUGGCUCUGUCGUGACGUGGGGCGAUGAGGACUGGGGCGGCGACUGCUCGGAUGUCCGCGAUAAGCUCACAACGGUUGUGCAGCUCUGUGGAUCGGGCGCCGCAUUUGCAGCCAUUACUGCCAAUGGCUCGGUGGUCACCUGGGGAUCGGCUCGACAUGGUGGUGACAGCAGUGCCGUCGCGAACAAGUUGACCGAAGUUGUUCAGAUCCAGGCGACUUCAGCAGCCUUCGCUGCUGUCCGUCGAGACGGCACUGUCAUAGUUUGGGGUGAUCCUGACAUGGGGGCAGACGGAAGUUUGGCUGAAACUCUCAGUCAUGUCCAGCGCAUCGAAGCAACGGCUGGGGCCUUCGCUGCAAUCCAUGAUGACGGACACGUCACAGCUUGGGGGCUGAAGGAAUUGGGGGGAGAUGCAGCUGCGACACAAGAGCAGCUGCUGCAAGUGCGCAGUGUGCGUGCAAACGGCGGCGCUUUCGCAGCCAUUAGGGCGAAUGGCACGGUCACGACCUGGGGCGAUUCUGAGUACGGUGGCAACAGUAGUUGCGUCCGAGACAACCUCGUGGACGUGGUCGAGGUGGCUGCCACAGAGAGAGCCUUCGCUGCGCUCAAGGUUGACGGUACAGUCGUGACCUGGGGUCAUCCAGAAUAUGGCGGUGACAGCUCGCGGGUUCAGGAGAGGCUGAUGAUGGUGCAGCAGGUAGUGGCGUCCGGUGGAGCCUUUGCAGCUUUGACUGGCUUUGAUUCGUUGGUGACCUGGGGCCAUGAAGACUGUGGAAACAUGGACAACGGCGAAUUGGAGCAUCAGCUCCUGGAGUCUUCGAAAGACCUACAAGGCAAGAAGACUGCCACAGUCUAUGUGGCUGCCUCACGUUUGCACGUCUUCAACUUUCAGACAGGAUACGAGUGCGAGAUGGGUGGACGUUUGCCCCUUGCUACAGCAUGGAUCGGCAAGUUCUGCACAAAUUCACACAUGGCAGCAGAGCCAGGCAUGGGUCAUGUGCAGAUGAGUCAUGACGAGUCGAUCGUUUUCAAUCAGGACUCGUCCUGUCAUGUGCAAGUGCAGAGCAUUCGGAGAUCAGUGGCUGCCGGGUUACUUCUCUCCUGUGGCUGGCAGUUCGAUGUGCGCUCCCUGCAGCCAUUUACGAUUCACGCCUCGAUAGCGAAUCUCUUAUUACCCGACGUGCCAGGUGCCGGUUUCACCGCACCCCUGCGGUCCUGUGCACCUUGCAUGUGUCUACACGUCUCCGUAGCAAUCCUCAGCGGGCAAAGUGUCUUCGUGGAAAUGGAGCCGGGGAGCUCUGUCGAAGAUCUCCGCAAAGCUGCAGAAUCCCAGCUCCAGACUUCUUUAGGGAUUCUGGUUCAGCCAGGUGGUGCGGAGUUUCUCCGAGGGACGAGCACUUUGCAAGACGCUGGUAUUCAGGAUGGCGAUGUUGUGGGAGCAUUUAUGGCAAAGCCCAAGCUUCAGCUACACGCAAACCGUCUGUCGCAUGCUAUCUGCGCCAUUCAGAAGGACGGCUCAGUCAUUGCGUGGGGCGAUGAAGACAGUGGUGGAGACAGCAGUGAUGUCCAAGAUGAACUUGUCAAUGUUUGGGAUGUGAAGAUGACAGCACGAGCCUGUGCAGCGCUUCGGCGUGAUGGCACCGUGGUCAGUUGGGGCUGCGAAGAUCUGGGUGGUGAUAGCGAUGCAGUCCAGGAGGAGUUACAGAACGUUCAGAAAAUCUUCAGCACAGCUGGAGCCUUCGCUGCUAUCCGUGUCGAUGGUGCCGUCGUCACUUGGGGCGACGAGGACUGGGGUGGCGACUGCACAGAGGUGCACGAGGAUCUGAAGAAUGUCGUCCACAUCUGUGGCUCUGGUGCUGCUUUUGCCGCCCUCACGGCUCAUGGCUCCGUGAUCACCUGGGGCUCGGCCUGUCACGGGGGCGACAGCCGAAGUGUCUCAGCGCAGCUUCAAGAUGUGCAGAGCAUGUGUGCAACCUCAGCAGCUUUCGCGGCCAUUACAGGCAGUGGUGAUGUUGUGGUCUGGGGGGAUCCGCUGUUCGGUGGCGAUGCCAGCAAAGUCGCAGCAGAGUUGGUUGGAGUUCGAAGCCUGCAGGCGACUGCCGGUGCCUUUGCUGCCGUCAAGUCCGACGGUAGCGUAGUUUGCUGGGGUUUGCCGGAACUUGGUGGAUCUGCAACGGAUCUUACCAGUCGGAUUCAGCAUGCUAAAGCAAUCAUCCCUUCGGGCAGUGCAUUCGCAGCAAUCACGAAAGAAGGCGAAGUUAUCUGCUGGGGAGAUCCAGAACGCGGCGGUGACAUUGCCGCAGUGCGCGAGCAGCUCGUGAACGUGGAGGAGGUCGCAGCGACCGAAAACGCCUUUGCCGCCAUCAAGGAGGACGGAAGCGUCGUCAGCUGGGGGCAAAGCGAUGCAGGGGGUGACAGUCGCGAUGUGCAAGAACGCCUCUUGAUGGUCAAGCAGAUUGUUGGCUCCACGGGCGCUUUUGCUGCUUUGACAGCCGCGGGACAGUUAGUGACAUGGGGCCACGAGAGCUUCGGUGGCGAUAGCAGCCAAGUCCAAGCCGAGCUUGGUGGCUGA